AUGCUGAUCAUUAUUGGGAGCCUCCUCUUCGUUGCUGUAGGUGGGCAUGAGGAAAGCCCUCCACAAGACAAGGCUGCCGACGCCCUUACCGAUCUAUGUGGCGGCAUCGUGAUAAAGGGGAAGCGCUUGACGAAGAGUCACUUGGCUAAGGCGACCUCAGCUCGGGACUAUCCCUAUACUCUCUGGACCAUCGGGGACGACCGUGGGACAUUUACGAAGCACUCCUGUGAACGAGUGAGGAGCUCCCCAAGAAGGAACAAGGAACUGCAAUACGAAGUGCUCACUAGAUGCGACGGGUUACCUACGACGCUAUAUUUCCCCGACGAGGAGGCCGCUGUGGACUUCGCCGUGCAGUGGGGUCAUCUCGAAGCGUAUGAAGUGGAUGCGACCGUUUUGAGGGAGGGACGUGUCGCGAAGAACCCCUUCUCGCGGUUUGCUCUGUUCAAGAAAAAGCUGACGGCUGCUCAUGUUAACUUUGGCAAAAAUUGGAAAGCAGUGAAGAGAUAUCUCAAGAUCGGCAGCAAGACGUAUGCGUACUGUGAACAAGUGACUUCUGGUCCUACUAGUUACAGCGAUAACUGGAAGCUCCGGGUCACUUGUACCAAGGAGAACUCAAAAAAGACGAAGACUUUCGAUAUAGAGUUCCUAAGCAAAGAUAGUGCGAUGAGUUUCGCUACUAUAUGGGGAGGCUAUACGACUGAGGUACCGAUGUCGGCGAGGAUGGUCGGGGGGUCGAACAUCAAGGCCGCUGAGAUCCUCGUCAGCCCUUCCACGGGACGCGCCAGGAAGAGAAUUCUCCGCCUCCAGGACAACAAAGCAAGAAUCUGCCGUGCCGUCAAUGACGUCAUCUACAAGGGUGAUGCUGCUGACGUCGUAGUGGUAUGCGACAAACAGCUGCAUACCAUACCGUUCGAUGCCUAUCAACGUGCCGAGAGAUUUGCUGCUGUUUGGGGCGGCUUCAAGAAGGUCGAUGAAGAUGUCGUCGGGAAAUGUUCUAAGAUGGAGAUAGCUGGACAAGCCGAUACUAUCGCUAGAGCGACAUCAGACGUCGUGUCCCUGGGGAGGAAGAUCGCUUCUGGACGUCUCGAGACUAGUGAAGGCUCGAUGCUCCGUUGUGCACGUGUGAACGAGCCGGUAUCAUAUGAAGGAGGCAUUGAUAAGUACGUAGUUAAGACCAAGUGCCAGGACCGCACCACAAGGAUCAUUUGCGAUGACGAGGAUGCUGCAUGGAGAUUCUCGGCCCAGUGGUCACAUUUCCGGGCGGGGGUCUCUACCAAUCUCGGCCUAGUGAGUGCCUCUACUCGCGUCGACCUCCACCACAACGGUAAACACUUUCUGUUCACCCUCACUGCAGCCAACGUCGAGAGCCAUCUCCGCUAUGCUGGCACCUCCACUAAGGACGAUCGAGAUUUAUCCCGUAAAUGGUUCGUGUGUUCGAAGGUUAAGACUAUUAAAGAAACUGAUAACGGCGAGUUCCAUGUCGUUACCACGUGCGGUCUUUCACUCCGCAAUCGCAUCCCGAGUCCUGAGGAUAGUAACGACGAAGUUGAAGUUGUCUUCGCCAAAAGAGAACAGGCACAAGAGUUCGCCUCGCAGUGGGGCCAAUACAAUCCAAUGAAUGCCCACGAUGUCGGAGUGAUUUACUCGGCGGAGCCUAUGGCGGGUGUGGUCGCGGCUGGCUAUUACCGCGAUACGUUCUCCGGGAAGUUGUCGGGCAGGGUGCUCACGACACGCGACGCUGCCUUUGAAUGCGGUGCGGUAUCGGCCAUGGAACAGCAGAUCGAUGGUGAUGUUCACCUCCGAACCGAGUGUUCAGGGGAGCGGAAGACGACAGAAAAGCUCAGCUCGGCUGACACCACACUGGUGUUGAAGCGUGCUGAGACAGCGGUGAAGUGGGCUGUGAGAUGGGGAGAUAUUGCCAAAUCCGAGAUCUACAUGUCCUCCGAUAUGGUAUCUGAUUCUACUGCGAGCGUGCAGGACCAGGUCACAGGCACUGUGAAUGUUGCUAAGUUGGUAUAUGCCUCCACGGGAGCUCUACAGACUAGGGUUAUCGAGGUCCUAUGUGGAAGCACCAUUGUACGUGUUACCUUUCCGAGCCAAGAACUUGGAAUCGCUUUCGCUCGAUAUUUCGGCGGCAUGCAAAACGCUAAUAUUGAAUCUGAUGCGGGGUUCAUCGGCUCGUGUCCGAGCGCCGUCAUUGGAACUGGUGGCGUUCACGAUCUCAAACAUGCUCGGCUACGCAAAGAGACAGGGACCGGCGAAGUUGUCAAGGCUGGGGCUUCCACCCGAAUCAACUGCGAUGGGCUGCAGCAGAACCCACGUGUCGGAUCCGAUGGAGUGGAAAUAUCUAUCAGCUGCUAUGAGGAAACUUCGGGAACACCUAAGAAGUUAGAACUCCUCUGCGAUACUCCAUCCGAUGCUGUCAGUGUCUGCAAGGGCCCUCUAUUUGAGAAACAGGACGCUGUGGUGGAGGUCAGCAGCAGAGUCCGCAGUGCAUGCGACGUCGUAACGAUAUCCGGUCAGUCAUCUCCGAUGCGCCUGACAUCAGCGAGCAUACAGGACUCGGCUGUGGUCGUUGAUAUCGCUGGCGCCGACGAGUCGAACACCAGACGGGUUUCUUGCACACACUUCUUCGGUUCUCCCGAGGUCACUGAUCAUCAAACCCUCGUACUCCACGCCCAGUGCGGAGAGGAGGUGUUGAACUUCGAAUGUAAAGACACAGCAGCUGCGCUACAACUCGCUGCAUUCGGACAGAUCGACCAGCCAGCAAUCGCCCUCCAGCAAGGAGUGAUCAACUCUUGUGCGGAAGUGAGACAGGAAGGCAUCUCGAAUGCAUUCUCUCUAUCGAAGGCAACAUACAGACCAAGCUUCGCGAAGAGCUCUGGGUACUCCCUUAUGUCGGGCUCGGGACAGGACCUGAAACGAUGGCUAACGGUUACUUUGAGAAAUGAUGAUGAGCCCAGUUACGAAGACUCGCACUACUUACUUUCCUGCAGCGCUGUGAGCUCUAUGCCAGAGCCCUAUUCUGCCCUCGAUAGAAAUGCUGACAAAUACAAAGUCUCCGUAGAGUGUGACAAUGCUGAAGGAAUGAGCGGGAACACCAAAGUGGAGGUCUUGUGCGACGACUCCCAGAGUGCCUUGCAGCUUUCCACGAUGUGGGGAUCUCUGGAGAGCACACAGAUGGCGAGUAUAGAACUAACGAGCCUACACACUCAAUUGAAAGCAGCAUGGCUCGACGCUGCGAAAGUGGAUUCCAACAAGGUUCAUAUGUUCGUCGCGAAUCCAGAUGGCGAACAUGAGGAGGGAAGCAUUCUCCAAAUUGGUUCGAGCUCUUAUAAAUGCGACCCGAAGGCGCCCCACCGCGUUUACUUCAAGCAGUUCUUCUAUUACGUUACUAUGCGCUGUAACGAGUUAUCGGCGGAUAAGAUGACCUUGGGAGACUCCCAUAAGGUGACGCUCAUUGCCAGCAGUGAAGAGGGAGCCCUCACCAUGGCGCGAGCUUUUGCCAAGUUGCCUGUUGACAAGGUAUGGAUUGAUCACACGUUAUACUUCGCGGAUGAGGAAGGAGACGCUACGCUUGGCGAUACCCAAGCUGCUUUGACGGAGGCAUACAUAAAGGUCUUCCCGAGGGAGUACGUGCUCGAUUUCAGCGGCGCAUUCCAGUACAGUUGUAACGAAGUCUCACAGGCCCCGAGGUACACAGCACGCAAUAGGUAUAAAGUUAUGCUGACAUGUGGUAAACGUGAUGGUGAUACUGAACCUGAACAAAAAGAGCAAGUCGUUACCGUCGCCUUCUCCACGCCUUCCAAGGCGAUUGGUUUCUCCAACGCAUUCGGGGGCUCAUUAUACCACGAGGUGGAUAUCGAUCCCACUAUCAUUCGUACUGUUGAUUACAUCUCGUCUACGCCCGAGCAGUAUAUGGGGAGAGGGGAGAUAUACCCACUCAAGAGGGCUACUGUGAGGUUUGACCUCAAUGGUCAUGUCACCUCUCGCCGCAUCGAAUUUUUACGCGCAGACCAGUUUUAUGGCAGUGACACCGGCAAGCGCACUUAUCAUCCUGUGAAGUUCGACUGCGAUGAGAAGCUCAUGCAGGAUCGCAAAGCUGAUCAAUCUGGUCGCAUCGUCGCCGCGACACUAACGGCGACAUGCGUAGAGACCUACAGUGGUUUCCACCAACAACGCGACGACAGGACGAAAGUUCUCAUGUCUUUCCGAAGAUCGCCUGACGCUGUCGAAACCUUCAUGAGUUGGUGGCGCGGUAACUUCAGAACUCUUGAUACUCGAGUGUCGUAG